UCAGUGUCGACUCGUUCAGUGCGCAGUCUCAGUGCCGGGUCUACGAGAAGUCGCGUCGCUCAGGCGACGAGCGUGUGCGGCUUCUUAGGCUUCAAGGCCGCGGUGACCAAAGGGAGAAGCCUGGUUUCCAGCUGUAGGGGAGCACGGGGUGGGGGGUUUGCGGCGACCAUGUUGCUGCGAGGCCGGGCAGUGACAUGCGGCCGCUGAGAUCGGCCCCGCGCGGCGGCGGUGGUGGCGGCGGAGGGAGUGCGGGGAACCGGGACACCCGCAGGAUGAAGCUGAAGAAGCAGGUGACGGUGUGCGGCGGCGCCAUUUUCUGCGUAGCCGUUUUCUCGCUUUACCUGAUGCUGGACCGCGUACAGCACGAACCGGAGCGGCGGCAGAACGGAGUCAGCUUCCCUCGGAGUCAAAUCUCAGUGCUGCAGAAUCGUAUUGAGCAACUGGAGCAGCUUUUGGAAGAAAAUCACCAGAUAAUCAGCCACAUUAAGGACUCUGUGUUGGAGCUGACAGAAAAUGCCGGAGGUUUCCCUGGCCUGCUCACCUACCAGGGGAAUGGUUCCUGGGCUAUUCCUGCGGGCAAUCGCCCAACUUUCCUGACUGUGUUGCCGCAGGAUUGUCAGUUUGCCCUUGGGAAUAAAGGACAAAAAACAGACCUGCAGAUGCUGGAUGUUUACUCACUUUUGAAGUUUGAUAACUUAGAUGGUGGUGCUUGGAAGCAGGGCUUUGAGAUCACAUACAAUGAACACGAGUGGGACAAUGACCCAUUACAAGUUUAUGUUGUCCCCCACUCCCACAAUGAUCCGGGCUGGAUAAAGACAUUUGAUAAAUAUUACCAGGACCAGACACAGCAUAUUCUGAACAACAUGCUGCUGAAACUACAGGAGGACCCCAAGCGCCGUUUUAUCUGGGCAGAAAUCUCCUUUUUCUCCAAAUGGUGGGAUAACAUAGACUCUCAGAAAAAGGCUGCUGUCCGCAGAUUAGCAGCUAAUGGUCAGUUGGAGUUUGUGACAGGAGGCUGGGUAAUGACAGAUGAAGCCAACGCGCACUAUUUUGCAAUGAUUGACCAGCUAAUCGAAGGACAUCAGUGGAUGGAGAAAAAUAUUGGAGUGAUUCCAAAAUCAGGCUGGGCAAUUGACCCUUUUGGACACAGCUCAACCAUGUCUUACCUGCUCAAGCGAGCGAACCUAACUAGUAUGCUUAUCCAGCGAGUGCAUUACUCCAUCAAAAAGCACUUUUCAGCCACUAAAAGUCUGGAAUUCAUGUGGAGACAGACUUGGGACAUUGACUCAAGCACAGAUAUCUUCUGUCAUCUAAUGCCAUUCUACAGUUACGAUGUCCCUCAUACUUGUGGGCCUGAUCCUAAAAUUUGCUGCCAGUUUGACUUCAGGCGCCUCCCUGGGGGGCGAAUCAGCUGUCCAUGGAAAAUCCCACCAAAACCAAUAACUAGUAUCAAUGUAGCAGAAAGGGCAAGUUUGCUCCUGGAUCAAUACCGGAAAAAGUCCAAGCUGUACAAGAGCAAAGUGGUCCUGAUUCCAGUUGGAGAUGACUUUCGUUAUGACAAUGCUCUGGAGUGGGACCAGCAGUUCCAGAAUUAUGCAAAACUUUUUGACUACAUGAACUCUCAUCCUGAGCUUCAUGUGCAAGUGCAGUUUGGAACGCUAUCUGAGUACUUUGAUGCUGUCUAUAAGAAAUAUGGUGUUACCCCGGGUAGCAAGCCUCCAACCUACCCUGUCCUCAGUGGAGACUUCUUCACCUAUGCUGACCGUGAAGACCACUAUUGGAGUGGAUAUUUUACCUCCCGACCCUUCUAUAAGAAUCUAGACAGAGUGCUGGAAUCGCACCUCAGAGCAGCUGAGAUCCUCUACAGCUUGGCCUUGAAUCACGUUCGACGUUCUGGUGCAGACAGUAAAUACCCAAUUUCUGAUUAUGGCUCACUAACAGAAGCUCGUCGCAAUAUUGGCUUGUUUCAGCACCAUGAUGCCAUUACUGGCACCUCAAAAGAAGUGGUGGUCAUUGACUAUGGGAUCCGAUUGUUUCACUCCCUUAUGAACUUGAAACGAGUGAUAAUUAAUGCAGCUCACUUCUUAAUACUCCGGGACAAAAACGACUACAGAUAUGACCAGUCGUCACUUUUCCUGCACAUGGAUGAUAAACGACAAAAUCAUGACUCAUUACCAGAGAAGGCGGUAAUAAAGCUGGAGUCUCUUCCCAGAUAUGUGGUCGUACUUAACCCCAUUGAGCAAGAACGGCCCUGUGUUAUUUCUGUUCUCGCUACCUCUCCCCAGGUCAAGGUUACAUUAAUCGCUGGAAGCACUCUUCCUACACAGGUCAGCGCUGUGUGGAAAUCACCAACCGAUAUGGUAACCGACAUAUAUCAGAUCUCCUUUGUCUCUCGACUGUCUGCCCUUGGUCUUGCUGUGUUUCAGCUGACUGAAUCAUUUAACUAUCGUGCGUCAGUAAAAUCCAGUGUGGUCAUCUAUCUGCGCAAUAGAGAUGUGACCGUGAGUAAGAAGGAGCCAUUCAGUGUAAAGAUCCUAGAGUCAUCAACUGAUGAUUUCUUUAUCGAAAAUCAGCACAUGCAAGUAUGGUUUAAUGGAGUGACAGGAUUAAUGGAGACCAUCAAGCGGAAAGAUGACCAGCAAAAGCAGAAGGUGCGGGUGGAGUUCGUGUGGUAUGGGACACGGCCAUUUAAGGAUAAGAGUGGAGCAUAUCUCUUCCUUCCUGAUGGUGAAGCUAAAGCCUACAUUUCCAAACAGGCUGCGAUCACCCGUGUGACCAAAGGUCCAUUGUUCUCUGAAGUUGUUACUUUCUAUCAGCACUUCCACCAGAUAGUUCGUCUCUACAAUCUGCCAGGAGUUGAGGGACUUUCGUUGGAUGUUUCCAUUGUUGUUGACAUUCACGACCAGAUUAACCGAGAGCUGGCGAUGAGGCUGUCCACCAGUAUUGAAAGCGGAGACACAUUCUACACAGAUUUGAAUGGCUUUCAGGUUCAAGCUAGAAAGUAUUUUCAGAAGUUGCCCCUUCAGGCCAACUUCUACCCGAUGUCAACCAUGGCCUACAUUCAGGAUGAUCGAUUCCGCCUGACGCUACACACGGCACAGUCUCUGGGUGUGUCAAGUAUUCGCAAUGGUCAAUUGGAGGUAAUUUUGGAUCGUCGUCUCAUGCAAGAUGAUAACCGGGGCUUGGGACAAGGGCUGAAAGACAACAAAGUGACCUGCAACAGAUUCCGUAUUUUGCUGGAGAAGAGAUCAGCAUCAAACAAACACAUUGGCUUUCUGUCAAGGCUGCACUCCAUGUUACAGGCACUUUCAGCUUCCAUCCCUUGCAGGACCAGCACCCACGAGUUUCAGGACAGUCAGCCUGUGAGCUUUCCCUCUCUGCUAAGUCACAUUACCUCAAUGCACCUCAGCCAUGAGGUUCUGGCGAUGCCGAUUACACCAAGGCCACAGAACGUUCCACCCAUCAGAAGCUGGCAUCCACUUGCGACUCCUAUACCCUGUGACUUUCACAUGCUGAAUAUGAGGACAUUACAGUCUGAGGUGGUUUCUGCCCCUGGGUUAGAGGUGGCGCUAAUCCUUCAUAGGAAAGGAUUUGAUUGUGGGCUGGCAGCCAAGAAUCUGGGCUUCAAUUGCACUACCACCCAGGGCAAGCUAUCAUUGGAGGGUCUCUUUCAGGGUCUGGACAUUCAGAGUGUGCAACCAAUGUCUUUGUCCCUCCUGUACCCUACUGAGCCCUUCAACAGCAGCCUCGUAUCCAUGAGGCCGAUGGAGAUUUCCACAUUCCGCAUCCGGCUAGUUUGAAUAAUUGUCUGACAGCGCUUCCAAGUUUGGAGCUAGGAAUUAAGAUGCCAACCAGCUACAACGUGAACUGUUGGUGUUUCAUUCCAUAAACCCCUGGGUGGGGGGUGACCAGAGUAGUGGGGCUGAUGUGGUUAGCGUUACGAAAUGUGGAACUGAGGACAAAUUUACUGGAAUCUGAAUUUGUGACUCAUGGACUUAAGAUUGCAUGUGCGGUGAAAGCACAGCAGUAACACCUGUAACCAAUGCACUUUCAAAAGAAAAAAGAUGUAGGUACAAUUUGUGCAUACACCACUACAAUGUAUGUGAGUUUUACUUUUAUAAGCAGCCCUGAUUUCAUUGUCAACUCAACCUUAAUGAUGAAAUAAAACCCUUGGCAUUUGAAAGGGGCAGGGGCUUUGCUUGUAAUGUAAAAAUCAAGCAAUCCAGAACCAAGACGGGUGUGAAUGUAACACUGGUGUGCAAAGGAAUUGAAGCAGUCUGCACAUUCAUAAUCGGUUAAUGGUCAAGUCUGCCAACCAACCUGAGCAGGUGAAGAAAACCUGUAUUCUGAUCUGACUGGCAUGCAACUAAAUAUCACAGCAAGGCUGGCAAUGGAUUUCUCGAAGAAUCAUAACACUUGAAAGCGAGACAGAGUAGUCUUUUAUAAAGUACUUUUUCUGUUGCAGAUAGAUGUAACAGCAACUGAACCUAAACUCAUUAUUAGCCAGAGACUGUUGCUUUCUGAUGUAUUUUGUGUAAAUAUCUUGGAGCCAAUGCAGUAGACAGUUAACGUUUAGUUGAUCCUUUCCAGACUUGACUCCCAAGCUUUGACUGAACCUGCAAUUGUUCUGGGACACUUGAACACAUUGACUUCAUUCAUACAUAUUUCUUAGGGUAUUUGUGCAAUAAAUUCUAGUUUUGCUGCGUGUUCUAAACUUAUUGGUGGGAAGUGUCACUUUGAAAUAGGGUUGUUACAAUAUUUACAUUGGACAGUAAUGAUCUGCAGAAAUGAGUGAAGAUAAAAACAGAAAAUGUUGUAAAUGUACCACGGACCUGAUUGAGGGACCGCAAGUCAGUGUUCCGGAAUGGCUAUGCCACCGCUAUCAAAGUUCUUCACCUGAAACGCUCCUUCAGAAUGUUGAAGGAGCCACUGUGUGUGUGCUGUCAGCUUUUCUAUGUCCUGUUGUCAGCAUUCAGACGUUCUUCUUUUAGUGCAAUGUGAUCAAAUUCAUCUAAUGUGCAGUAACCUUGAAAUCAACAGAAUUAAUUGCCUCAUGGCAUUUCUGAGAAUCUGCCUUUUGAAACAAAAGGGAUUUGAAUGCUUUGGAAGUGAUCGGUUGAUUAUCUUGAAAAGAACAUUGACAGCAAGAGUGGAACAUUUGGAUAAGUGGCUGUUGGAAAUUCCCAGUAUAAAAUGAGAAAAAUCCAAUGUUAACAUUUUGGAAAAAUCAUGAAAAUGGUUAGGCCUGAAAUUAAAGUUACUAUAUUGAACAAAUUUUUUUAACAUUGUAAAGUUAUCAUGUUCUGAGUAAAAUGUCAGUGUCAAAUGCACGUGUUUUAUUGAAAUUAAUUUAAUCCAGCAAUGUGAAACAGCUUUUUCCAUGCACUGAUCAUAACAGUUAAUUAAGUUUAGCAUGAGGUGUGAGCAAUUGUGACGUACAUACUUGAGCUGUGGGGGUAUACCAGUGAGACAGCCAGAGACUCAGCCCUUCCAGGUGGACGUGAUGUUUGGAGAAAAUAUUGAGGUAUAUAGCACUUGUAGUACAUGAGGAAAGGGGCAGCCGGGCUGUCACAAGUGCAGUGUGCAAGUAUGAAUUAAGAUUGUGCUACAGAGCUCUUGUGACACUGGUAGUACCCCCUACCUCUGGACCAGAUAGUUAGUUCAGUUCCCAUCUGCUCCAGAGCUGCAUCUUGCCAUUUCUGAACAAGUUGAUUUGGAAAAUAUCUGCAAUAAUGCUACUGUGACACUAUGCAUUCAAUGUAUAAAACACUUGCAGAUUGCUUUUGUCACUUGUUCUUAUUGUGACAUCCUUAGUUAUGGGGGUUAUUUUACAGAAAACCAGAACUUUGUUUAAUAGUACAUGCUCCUGACAUGCAUCAGGUUCACCUUUUGUUCAUACGUGAAAAAUUCUGUGAUCCUGAUGGGAUUAGACUUGGCAUGUCUUCAGUCUGAGCCCUACAACAUUGACAUUGAAGAAUUGUCCAUUUGUCAGAUAUCAGAAUUUCUGUUAAGAGGGGGAGAAAAAUCCAACUGCUGUAAGUUCUAAAUUCAAAAAGUCAUCAAAUAAAACAUUACAGAAACUGA